UUCUUCGAACUGUUCCACAUUCGUUGAUAGCUGAAGCUGCAGAACUGCAUGAUACCAUGAUAGUCAAGGCUUUCGAGAACAUCAUAGGAUGUGGUGCUCUCAAUGCUCUGGAAUGCUCACAACUUCGACUUGACAUUCAACAAGGAGGUUUUGGUCUUCGGUCUGCAAAGCAUUCUGCGUUUGAGGCUUUUCUUGGAGGUUGGUCCAACACUCUAGGUCAUCUCCCUCAUCGUGAUGGUCGUCUGAGUAGUUUGUGUGAUGGCCUCCUAAGAGAUCACGACAAAGAUCAGCCUCUAGUUCUCAGUGAAUUGACAAGUGCCCUGGCAAAUCUUCACCAGCAGUUCGACGAUACUCGAAAAGUGUUAUCAUGUAUAUCAAAACUUCCAGAUGCUCCAAAGAAACUUCAAGGAAAACUUCACCAAGCCAAGAAAGCUGUUGAGUUCACCCAGGUUUUACAACAAUGCACCAAUAGUUGUGAGCAAGCCCGAAUACAAGGUUGUGGUGGUCCAAAUUCUGGGGCUUGGCUGGAUGCGAUUCCGAGUACGCAUCAUUUUAUUCUCGGCAAUGACAACUUUGUCAACGCUGUUUGUCUGCGACUCGGUAAAGCCAUCCCGUGCUUGCAUUCUUUGGACCAGUGUGUUGCUCAGUGUGGUCAGCCCAUAGACAUUGAAGGAUACCAUGCCAUGACCUGUAAGUGGGGUGGAGGCCCAAUCAAACGACAUGACAGUGUACUCGACUGCUUUUACGACAUGUCCAAAUCUCUUGGAUUCCAUUGUCGCAAAGAGUUGACAGCGCAAUUCGAGAAUAAGCAACGUCCUGACAUCGCCAUAUACAAUUAUAAAGAUGGAAAAAAGCUUCUCUUAGAUGUAACCAUCACCCAUCCCUUGGCGAAGCGGUCAAUCAGUGCCAGUUGUAGCAAACCUGGUUUUGCAGCAGCCGAGAAGGAGAGAGAGAAAGAUAGCAAGUACCUUGUCAAGUCAACAAAUCUUGGGUAUUUGUUUCGUCCCAUUGCCCUAGAGGUAUACGGCCGUUGGGGAAACACAGCGGAGACGACACUAGAAGAACUAUCAAAGAAGUCCCCUCAAUCUACAGGCUUAAAUCCCAGCGAAUUCAAGCUACAUUGGAGAAGGAGAAUAGCGAUCAAUCUUCAAAGGGCCAACUCAUCAAUCAUCCAAAACAAGGUGUCUGCCAUCGUUGGAAAGUGUAUCGGAAAUCCUGAUGCUGCUUUUACGAUGUCAGCAAGAUACUUUGGUGGUGACUUUACGUAGUUAGCUGUGAGUUUGUGUAGGUGUGUUGUAGUGUUUAGUUUGUAUUAGUGAUAGUGAUGUUCAAGUUAUUUGUCUAUUUAGUUAGAUAUACAAGUUUUCUUGCGAGUGACUGUCAGAUAAAGUGUGUUUACCAGUGAAAUUGAAUAAAGAGAGUGAGUGAGUGAGUGAGUGAGUGAGUGAGUGAGUGAGUGAGUGAUCAAGUGAGCGAGUGAGUGAGUUGAGGUGAGUUCUUCUUCUACAGGAAGCAGAAAGAAGAAGACCCGUCUAGCUACAUGAGACUAGCUGCGUGUGUUAAACUAGUGCGAGUUCUGUUGAUUCUAUUACACUCGCUGUCCUCAAGACAACUAAUACACUUCCGAAUUGCGGUUACUAAUUUGGUACACUAUUUAUAGAUUGACAUACCCUUGCGAGCGUCAUUUACCGUUUUCCUUCCCUGAAAAGCACAAUGUGGUCAAGCGCUCAGCAAAGUCGUCUGGCGGUUGAGAAACAGAUUUUGGAGAAGAGCUUCCGAGGUGUUCGAUGGCAUGACUGGAAAAGCAGAGGAGCAACCAAGGUGGAUGUAGAUUUCACAACAAAUGUUGGAGGUCGCUACACCUUGCGUCUCUACGUACCAGCUGAUUGGCCCAACUCCUGUCCCCAGUUGGCUAUUGUUCGGUCUUCUAAACCUCUCAAACUACGAAACGGUGACUAUCUUCCCGCGAUAUCGGAUGAAUACCACACUUUGGAUUUGUCCGUUGACGGGUAUCAGUGUCUCUGCCACUACCACCCGUCUAGCUGGUCUGCUAACAACACAAUGUACGUAGUCUUUCUAAAGGGAAGGCUAUGGCUGGAAGCUUACGAGAAUCACCUGGGGACAGGCAAAGACAUAGAUUGCUACCUGAAACACAUGUGACAGACACAACACAUGUGACAGACACAACACAUGUGACAGACACAGCAAAGAACCUAGCAAUAGAUAUAUCUAUUGCAUGAAACUAUAGUAGUAUUCUGCAAGUAUUAGACUUUAAUCAAUUAUUGCAGCUGCAAUAUAAGUCUAAAGAGUAAAUUUGAAUUUUGCAAUCACGGUGGGUGCCCUAGCCUCACACUUGCACAAUAUUCUAGCUAGACAUUAGCUCAGCUUUGAAAGGUUCUUGCGUCUAGCAUGGAUACAUUGGCUGUAGUGUGUAUAUAUAUGCAGCUAUGUUUUUAUCCUACCUAUAUUGACUGAAGAAAAAUUUGGUUCAAUUAGUUGUGUGGCGUACUGAAACAGAAUCAUUACAAAAGACACAAGGCAGGAAACGCGAUAUGCAUCUUUCACUUCC